CACUUUUGCCAACAACUACAUAUACUUUUAAACCUUUAUGCUCUCCUGUUUUGUUUCCUUCUCGUCUUUGAAUGCUGAUGCGAUGUCCUGGGCGUGCGGCAUGUAGGAGGCUCAGGAUUAAAAAAAGUAUGACGAGCCAGGCCCCGCCCCUUUGGCGUCCAAAAUAGAAACUGUAAACAAAAAGCAGCCAACCACAGAGGCUUUCAAACGCCGACACUGUGGAGCAUCACUGCUGCUGUGGGACACCGGUCAUGUGUUGGAUGUUAGGCGAACCGAACCGCUGCUGCUGGCGCUCAGAGCCAGAGGAAGCAUGAGCGCUGUCUGUUUUUGAAGGUCGAUUUAGUCUUCUCGUUAUUAUUCUUACGUUUCUGAUGCAGAUUAGCAAAAUGAGAGACGAGGGGAGCAAAAUAAAGUUAAAUACCUCCCAAACAAAUGCGCCAGGCUGUCGGCUGCGAUCGGACUGCAGCCAUGCAUAGUUCAGCUGAAAUCCUGUCGGGACACUCACAGAGAGUUGUUUGCAGAAUCUUAGUUGUGCUUCAUCUGGAAACUGGUUUAUUCGCGCCGUUUUCAUCCCAUGCAACCCUUACCGACGAUGGCACGGCUGCGGAGGAAGGCUUGCGUUGCCCUGUUUCUUUUCACCCUCUUCAUUUUCGGAUCUCUGAUGGGACUGAGGACCCUGAAGCCUACUGACGGAUUCUCGGAUCUGGCUCCUGGCUUGGAGCUCCUGCCGAUCUUAGGAGGGAGGAUGUCCCGGGAAGCCACCGCGUCCCCAGUCCAAGCCCGCCCGCAAGGGGGAAACACAAAACCGGUUCUGUCCAACUCCGGUCCAGAGGGGACAAUAUUCUACGAUGUUCACAUCUUUUACUACACUUGGUACGGCAGCCCUCAUAUGGACGGGAAAUACAUCCACUGGGACCACAUCCUGGUCCCCCACUGGGACCCCAAGGUCGCAUCCAGCUACCCGAGAGGAAAACACAUGCCGCCCGAGGACAUCGCCUCCAGUUUCUACCCGGAGCUGAAUUCGUACAGCUCCCGGGAUCCGGACGUGUUGGAGUCCCACAUGGAGCAGAUCGGAGCCUCCGCGGCAGGGGUUCUGGUGCUGUCUUGGUAUCCUCCCGGCCUCGCUGACGACAACGGGGAACCCGCUGAGGAUUUGGUGCCAGCUGUGCUGGAUGCUGCAUACAGACACAGCCUGAAGGUCGCAUUUCAGAUCCAACCCUACAGAGGAAGAAAUGACCAGACUUUGCACGACAACAUCAAGUACAUAAUUGACAGGUACGGUGAUCAUGGGGCCUUCUACAAGUUCACCUCCAGCACAGGGAAGAGUCUUCCUCUCUUCUACAUCUAUGACUCCUAUCUGACUCCACCAGAGUCCUGGUCUGAAUUUUUGACUCCCACCGGCUCCCACAGUGUGCGCGGCUCCCCAUAUGACUCCAUGUUCAUCGCUCUGAUUGUUGAGGAGCGUCACAAGCAUGACAUCCUGGCAGGUGGCUUCGACGGCAUGUACACUUACUUCGCCUCCAAUGGCUUCUCCUUUGGCUCCUCCCACCAGAACUGGAAGGCCAUUAAGGCCUUCUGUGACGGGAACAACCUCCUUUUCAUCCCCAGCGUCGGACCCGGUUACAUCGACACCAGCAUCCGACCGUGGAACAACCACAACACUCGCAACAGGGUGAACGGCCGCUACUACGAGACGGCUCUGCAGGCGGCACUCAACGUGAGGCCGGAGAUCGUCACCAUCACGUCUUUUAACGAAUGGCACGAAGGGACGCAGAUAGAGAGGGCCAUGCCUAAGAAAACCGUGACCCGUGUGUACUUGGACUAUCAGCCGCACGGACCUGAACAUUAUCUGGAACUGACCCGCCGCUGGGCCGAGCAGUUCAAUAAAGAGAAGCAGCAGUGGCUGAUGUGAGCUUUAAACAGAAUAAAGCUCCACAGUAUCAGAGUGAUCAAAGUGGCAACAAAUGCUCUUUUUUCCGACUAUGACACGGCGUUCCGGGUCUUUUGGGAAAACACCGUGAGAAAUUUUUUGCUGAAUACUUAAUAGUCCAGGACUCUGAAAUGGGCCUGUCUGAUUUGUUCCCACGCCUCUUAACCAAAAACAAAAUGUGAAGUCUAUCUGUACAGUAUACAGUUCUUCUCUUCGUCACUAAAAGGAUUUUAAAUUAGUUGGCUGAGAUUAUUUUUUUUGUUUCUGCAUGACUUGAUUUGUAUCACUUCUCUUAGACUAAGGUGUGGAGUUGAACAUUUACUACAAAAUAAAAUAGAAAACAAAUCACACUUAUAUAUUAAACUGGUGAAAACUUAAAACUAAGUGCAUUCUUAGCCUUUAUGUGGAAUAACCAUACAACAAAAAACAUCAAAAAAAAAAAAAAAAAAAAACAAGAAUGAGAUUCACAAGCUUUGGUUUAUGUCAAUCCACAAAGGAUCAAAUGCACAGUUACAGAUAUUAUCCCAUAGCAUCUCCAUUAUGUGCUUCAAGUAGGCAUCAGGAAGGUCACUUAACCUGUGGCAGAAAUUAUUUAAAUUGGUUGGUUUCCUGACACUGAUCUGGCUUUUGAGCCUAGUCCAAGUGAGCACAAAGUGUGGCCUGAAAAAUUAUGUGCUGCUCUGAACCGCGACUGAAGAAUGGUACAAAUUGGGCCGGACAGCACAGUUGAUUAAAGUAAAUUGGCAUUAAAAAAAAAAAAAAAGUUUUAGGAGGAGAUUUUCACUGAUAAUUAGAAAUCUUCUUUAAAUUGAGAAUGUCGAGUACAAUACAAAUUAUUCAUAUUUUAUCAAACACGUGAUAGAAUUUCUGGCUCACAUGAGUCAGUAUGAGGCUAAUGGCCAACAUUUGAACACUGUACAAAGUGUUGAGGGGUGACAUCAUCAUGGUGUGGGUUUUACUUCCAGAGACGCAUAGAAAAAUGAAAGAGAAGGACUUCUUUCAAAUUCUUGAAUUUCACCUCAAUUUAACAGAUAGAAGAUUGAAACUUGGACAUAAUGCGGUAUCCCAACAGGGUAAAUGAUCCUGAACACACUUAAAAACCUGUAUUGGAUGGCACAAAGCAGGCUGACGUUAAGAUCAGGGAGUAGCCAUUUCAACAAGGACCUCAGUGUUGUUAAAAAAACCCGAAGUGUUGACUUUGUGCCAGGAAACCAAUCACAUUAAAUAAACUCUAAUUCUGCCAAGAAAAGUGGUGAAACACUCCACCACAGUUAUGCCAAGAGAAUGUCGAUGGCUACUAAAAACGUUUUUCUAAUAUUAGUGUGCAUGUAUGAAAGAAAUGUUUUAAUUAUUGCAGAUCAUCUCUGCCGUGACAGUAAAAGAAAUACAAUGCACUGGUAGCAAGUCAAAGACAGGCCCAACAUACAAAUCUAUUCACCACUCAUGUAUUACGACUGAGAGGUAAUUCGCCUCGAUACCACAUCACUUCUGGUUUUUAUUCUUCUGCUAGCAGAGGGACCUGCUGCCCUGCAUUUACCUGAUGGCUGUCUUUUCCACCAAAACAGCUAAUUAGGUGAAUUGAUCAGCAUUUCCUGCUGAAUGCAGACAGUGACACUAAUCAACCUGGAUGGGAGGUGACAUAACACAAGAAUAUCGUCAUCAGUUCAAUUCAAAUUCAAAUUCAAAAACACUUCAUUCAUCACAAAGGGUAAUUUAAUUGUUCCUCAGGUAAGUAAAGCUCAGUUAAGGUGUGAUUUCACCAAAACGUCUAUAAAUAUUUUUUUUUCUUCUAUUCAAGAAAAGAAAAAGAUGCACAACACUAACAGUGCCUUUUACUUAGCAAAAGGAGAUUUAGUAGCUUAUUGGUGUUAAAGGUUUUGUUGCAAAUGAAAAAAAAAAGGACUUUGUUAUGUGUUAAAGUGAAUCUUUCUGAAUCAGCUGUUUGGGUUAACUUUAGUUUGGCUUUUUAGUGUAUUGUUGACUGAUUUCCACAAGGAGAGCAUCUACAACUGAUGUUCUAUGUAACACCUUCUUGUGAACUUUUAAACUACUCAUGAGUAAUGUACCUCCAGGUUGUCUAAAGGUCUUUCAUACUUUUAGUUUACAUGUUUUUAACUCAUACACUCCAGAAGGAUUGGCUGUUUACGGUUGAGACACUAAACUCUGUCCUAAAAAUCCCUCUGGAAUAAAAUUCCUCUCAACACAUU